AUGUUUUUAUCUCUCUUUGCGCUUUCCUAUUCCUUAGAUUUUUGCAUCAAAGCUCCUGAUUACGAUGGAGAGUGUCCUUCAAGUAAAAUUAUUAUCACAGACAUAACAAAAUUUUAUGAUUCAUUUGCAACUCAAUAUGGAAACACAUUGGAAAUCUUGAAUACACCAAAUUCCAUAUUCGCAAUUGAUUUUUCCAAGUUUCAUGACAAAACCGUAUCAUUCAUUGGUUCAAACACUUCAAUGAUUGCAGUUGACAGACCAAUGGAUACAUACCAUUCACACAUUGGAAUACAUAAUCUUACCGUUAGAUUCGAUGAUACCGAAUGGAAUCCUCUUUUUAUUUAUGUAACAGAAUUUGAAAAUGUCACAUUUAUUAAUGCUGAGAAGAUCUUCAUUACUACAGAACAGCUCAUUACUGAUGCAUAUUCGGUCCAGUUUUUCAAUAACAUCUCAACUGAUAUUCUAAACUUAGAUUUAGUAGGACAAGGAUAUUUUCCAACAAGGAACACCAACAUUUAUAUAGACGAUGUCAAUUUGUCAACCAUAUACAAUCUAGUUAUGGAUACAAACAUCAGUGUUUCCAGAAAAUUUUUGAAUAUUUCGAUGAAUUCUUUUACUUUUUACAUUCAAUCAGUUUAUGAGACAGAUAUUCAGAUUAUCCACAAUACAGACUCUGUUUUGAAAGUAGCGUCCACUUCAAAAGAGUUUUUCAGAGCAAAUAAAUAUACAUUUGUCAUUGAUAACUCAAAUAUUGAAGUUGGAUACAGUAGAUACAAUGAAGGUCCAUGGGUAAAUACAUCGGGAAACUCUGUUGUUACUUUACUUGAUAAUGCGAUCUAUUUAUCAGUUUUUAAUGGAACUACAGAGCUUCAUGCCAUUAAAGGAACAUCACAGAGCUCAACAUUAAAUGUUUUCAAUGAUGGAAUUCUUCUUUUGAAAGAUAAUGUUGUUCCAUAUCAAGCAUUAACAGUCCAAAUAACAGAUAAAGCACAGAUAAUCACAGAUGGAACAACUGUUCUCCAACAAAAUGGUAUUUUCAAUGUAGUUAAAACUGUUUCUCCAUCUCAAAUUGGUGAAAAUAUAAUUUUGUUAAUAACUAAUCCUAGAUCAGUCAAAUUCAUCAAUGCUGAGUUCACAAUAGAUACAAUACAGAUGAAUGACAAUGAAAAUCUUUAUGUUUUCUUUGAUACUGAUAUUCAUGGAUCUGUUUUAAUCAAAAAUGGACUUGAGAAGUUCACAGCAAACUUCAAAUAUGCUAGAGAUAUAAUGCCAACAAACGAUGAAGCAAACAAACUCAUUAAUAACAAUUAUUAUGGAAUUUGUACUCCAAAGAUAACAUGUGAUAACAUAUCAUCUAAACUUGUUGAUGCUUAUGUCCAUGGAUUUAACAAUGAUGAUAGUCUCGUUAAUUUUGUUUGCAAUAAAAUUGAUGAAAAUUAUUGCAUCGGAGUUAACUUGAAACAGAGACCUCUUGAUGUUUACCCUCAAUACUGCUAUGCAGCAAAUGAUACAGAUUGCAUAAAACCAUAUCUUUCUUUGACAGAUUAUUCUGAUAUGUCAAAAAUUGUUCCAAAAGCCGCAAAGGAGAUAAUAAUAGAUACAGAAUCAGAUAUGGAUGAUUUCAUAUCAUUCAAAGGCCUCCAAAAGCCAAGUGUCACUUUCAUUGGAAAGAAUUUGACAAAAAUUAACUUAGAUUCAACUGAAUUUGGUCAAUUAACAUUCGACAAUGCACAAGCAGUUGUUGAAGGCAAUUUCAAGGCAGAUUCAUUGAAAUCGACAUUUAAUUGCGUCAAUUUUUCAGGAAAAGCUUCAAUAGAAUCUGACAAUGUAGAGUUGUCAUUUACAACUAUUGAAUAUUUGACAGGAUUCAAAUCUGCCAAGGUAAAUUUGCCAGAAGGACCAACAGUUGAAUAUCAUGAAGAUGGUUGGCAAAUCAAUGGAUACAGGUAUCAUAUUCCAAGUGAAAACAAGCCAAAUCUUGUUUUCGCUCUUCCUUUCACAUCAACACUUCCUAUUUAUGUACAGAGGUGUGAUUGUGGUUGUACUAAUUACACUGUUCCUCUUCCUAUUGAACAGACUGUUGGAGAUUUCAGAGUUGACUUUGUAAAAGGAUGGAAAGAUUUCGGUCCUGUUGAUUUAUUCCAAGGAAAUGAUAAGAAUUAUAUAAGAGCUGUUUCUGUUGAUAGUUACAUUCCUCUUCCUGUUUCUAGUUACAAAGAAAUAAGUGUGGAUAGUACUCUACAAAAAGUUUAUUUCGUCAAACAAAAUUUGACAAACAAUUCAAUUUCUUUUUCACAAGGAAAUGCAACUGAAAUUUUCUUGCCAAAUCUGACAGUUUUCGGAUCAUCAAGGAUUUCAAAACAAGAGGUAAAUGGAAAAGUUUUCCUUAUGAAUGCAACGGUAUCUCAGAAUUCAAAUGUCACUUUUGAUAGUUUACAUCUUCACAAUUUGACUAUUUAUGGACAAUCAAAUGUAGACAUUAUUGGAAAUUCCACAGCCUUUUUCAAUGUGAAGAUGACAACAUCAGAAUAUCCAUUUGUCAAUGGAAGUUUGUCGAAUAUUGAGAGAUUUCAUGUAAAUUGGACAAUCAAUGAUAUAAAUGAAACGAAGAAAGUUCAUAUAUUCGAAGGAAACUGCACGAAUACUACGAUUUAUCCAUCGAAGAUUCAACAGAAAUCUAAGAUUGUUCAUGCAUCAUUUGUAUAUGAAAACAACAAUGUUUAUGUUAAUUUCAUUGUUGAAUAUGAUAAGACAUUGAUUGUGAUGCUCAUUGUUUCUGGAUUCAUUAUUGUUGGUAUUGUCUCUGUUAUAUUUAUCUUUGUUUGCAACAAGAACAAAAGCGAACCAAACAUUCCUUCUUCAACACCUCUUCUUUCAAAUCAAGAUUAG